UUUUGAUAACCAUGAGAAAGUGAGAGUCGUCAGAAGUAUCAGCAGCAGUCGCAGAAGCAGCAUCAGUCCGCAAGUUCAAACAUUUGUUUUAUCUUCUUCUUAUUAUUAUUAUUUUUGGGCUUUUAAAUAAUUUUGGAGGGGAUGGAGAUAUAAGUCUUCAGGCUUUAAUUUUAUACAGAUCAUUUCAUUAGUAAAGUUUUUGUUGUCUGAACCGGAGCUCAUCUCCAAAAAUAAAUCCAAAAAAAUCACAAAUAUGUGGACUUUUAAGAUACUUUUGGUGAUGAUGUCCAUAUCAAUACUUGCAAUUCAAGCCGAAAUAAGUGGAUUACAAAAUAAUAUCAACAAUGGAUAUUCAUACGAUCGACCAGAAGCAGUUCCUGCUGAGUUAGCUUAUUAUCAAAAAAUUCCUGCCGGCGGCGGCACUUUUGCUGCCAACAAUUUAAGGCACAUCGAUCAACAUCAACAGCAACAUUUCCAUGGAGGAAAUGCUCAAAGUUUUGGACAAAAUCAUCAUUCACAUUAUAAUCAGCAUAGCAUCCAUGAUUUAGUGUCUCAGAGUAUAUCUGAAAAUCAUGGAGAGUCUUUCAAUUCUCAUCAACAUCAUAAUCAUCAAUUCAACGAACCUUCAACUGUGAACCAAUACAUUCCCCCCGAACCAGUGCCUAAUCUGCCGUUUAUUCAAGAAAACAGUGGUUUUAGGCCUAUAAAUUCACCUCAUCAAUAUGAAGAUCUGCCCUUUAUUCGCGAAAACACUGGUCUGAGGCUUGUCAAUUCGCCUCCUCAUCCGUUUUCCAACCAUCAUCAACACCAGCAGGAACAUCAGCACACUUUCGGAGCGAAUCAACAAAAUUUCCAAGCUGUCUUGAGAAACCAUCAAAAUGAAAUUCCUCAAAAUACCAUAAAUUUCCUUCAACGUCACCAAAAUCAAAACUCUCCUUCGCCAAGUGAAAAAUUACAACCCCCACCUUCCUUCAACGCUCAAUCGGCAUCCUCAGUUAAUCCUUCGGCCACCCAUCCACAACAACCGAAUAAUAGAUUUAUGGCUUCAAUUAUAGGCUCUGUCAAUGUUCCUUUACCCUUUCCACUCGGAACUGUCCCCAUAAAAUUCGAACCUUUGCCCUUGAAAACCCAUCUCCGACAGGAGAGACUUCUGCCCAUAACCUCAUAUGAAGCCAAAGAGUUUUAUACAAAAAAGUGAGAAACAAAAACUGAAGUAAUUUUAGAAAAUUGUGUGUGUGAUAGUUUAAGUGAAUAAAACAAAAUCAUUGACUGAUGCGUGAUUCGAUUCUAAGUCAAAAAGCAAAAACAAAAUAAGAUUUAACUACCUCAUGAACCAGUUGAUUUGAAUUAUUCAAAAGAAUGAACUCUUUUCCUUAAGUGAACUGAAUUGUAUGCAAAGUUUCUGUAGGUUUGUGUUUUUUUGUUUGAAUAAAAUGUCAGCUCUUGUUUUAAAGAAGGACUAAAAGUGCGAAUUAAAGAACUUUUUUCAACUCCAUACAAAUUUCAAAAAACUUUAAAUCUUUGAUCUAUAUAAAUCAUAAUAUGCAAACUAUCUUAAUAAAUAAAAAGAAAAUAUAAAUCCAUUAAAAUCAAUAUUUAAUAAUAUAUAAUUUAAAAAAGAAAUAUUAAUGACUAAUCUUUCAUCAUUUAAUUAUUAUUCAAAUUAGCUGACUGGCAUAUUAUUCGUAUCUAUGCUAAGCUUGUUAUUAUUUAUUUGUUGCAAUAAAAGAAAGAAAAAAAAAACGUGUAAAACUAUUCUGAAUUUGUUUUUUUUUUGUUUUGUUAAAUAAAUUUAUAAGCUUGGGAAAUUAAUUUCACAACAAACACUUUUUGACAUAAUGCAAAUAUAUUGUGAUGUUGUAGCUAAUGAUGUUGUGUGCAGGGCUGUAGCUAAGCACAGGAUUGAUGUAGACCAAGAAGUGAAAGGGCCCGUCAAGACCAUUACAUCGUUAUGUGGAUUUAUGAAUGUGGAAUUAUGAGUUAUUAGGUGUAAUGAGUAAAAAUUACAAUUUCUUUAAAGAGAAUUAAGAAUUUGAAAAUAGUCCUUAAAAUUGGAGAAAAUAUUCCUGUACACUUGAACUUGAAGAAAAAGAACUUUUAUCUGA